UAACGCCGUUCGGUUGUAUACAAUAAAUACAUCGAAUAAUAACCAAGAUUAUUGUUUACCGUUUGAUUAGUACUCAGUUUCGCAGUGUAAUUAAAUAAUGAAAUAAAUUUAUUAAAUGCAUAAAAACUAUUAAAAAUGCCUGCAUUUUUAAAACAUAUCGAAGUUGAAAACUUCAAGUCAUAUCGAGGCAAACUGAUAAUUGGACCUUUGAAAUCUUUUAACGCAGUAAUUGGUCCAAAUGGGUCAGGUAAAUCAAAUUUUAUGGACGCCGUAAGUUUUGUUAUGGGCGAAAAAACAUCAAGCCUUCGAGUUAAAAAGUUUUCAGAUCUAAUUCAUGGGGCAUCCAUCAAUAAACCAGUUUCUAGAAGUUGCUCAGUAACUGCUGUAUUUGAGCUUGAAGAUGGCACCGAAAAAAGUUUUAUGAGAACCGUCAAUUAUGGUUCAUCAGAUCAUAAAAUUAAUAAUCAGAACGUAUCCCAGCAAGCAUAUUUAAAUGAAUUAGAAAAGUUAGGAAUUAACGUAAAAGCAAAGAAUUUUUUGGUAUUUCAAGGAGCAGUUGAAUCAAUAGCUAUGAAAAAUCCAAAAGAACGAACGGCUUUAUUCGAAGAAAUUAGCGGAUCUGGAGUUUUAAAGCAAGAAUAUGAUCGCCUUCGAUUAGAAAUGUUAAAAGCUGAAGAAGAAACACAAUUCUCGUAUCAAAAGAAAAAAGGUAUAUCAGCUGAACGAAAAGAAGCCAGAUUAGAGAAAGAAGAAGCUGAUAAAUAUGCUCGAUUAAAAGCGGAUUUGGCGGAUAAGCAAAUUGAAUUGCAAUUAUUUCGAUUGUUUCAUAACGAAAGAGAAAUCAAAGAGCUUGAAGAAGAAUUAAAACGUAAACAACAUGAAGUUGAAAAAAUUGAGAAGAAAAAAGAAAAAGCUGAAGAAGUAUUAAAAGAAAAAAAGAAGGAACAAGGUAAAGCUGGACGAGAAUUAGCAAAAAUUGAACAAGAAAUUCGUGAAAUGGAAGCGGAAACGUCGAAGAAAAAACCCCAAUUUAUCAAAGCAAAAGAAAGAGUUUCACAUAUACAAAAAAAAUUAGAAGGAGCGCAAAAAACUUUGGAGAAGGCACGUAAAGCAAAUGAUGCACAUUUGAAUGAUAUUAGAAAGUUGGAGGAAGAACUCGCUAAAGUAGAAGCUGAACAAGCUGAGUAUGAAGCAACUAUCGCGGGAGAAUCUGAAAGCCAAGGGAGAAGUGUUCAGUUAGAAGAUGCUCAGGUACGAGAAUAUCACCGAUUGAAAGAAGCUGCUGGAAAACAAUCAGCAAGAUAUUUACAGCAACUGGAUUCGGUUAAUCGCGAACAGAAAGCUGAUCAAGAUCGUUUGGAUAAUGUGUAUCGCAUGCGUACUGAUGCUGAAAAUAAACGUAGUCAAAAAGAGCACGAAAAAGAAGAAAUGCAAAAACGUAUUGAAAAAUUAGCUGAUCAUAUUCGAACCAACGAACAAGCAUUAAAAGAGAAGCGAAAAAUGUGUUUAGAGCUGCAAUCAGACGUUGGUACGUCAAAAGGUCGUGUAUUAGAAAUUGAAAAACAAUUAGAAGAAGUUGUUGAACAACUUGGCGAUGCAAAAGUUGACAAACAUGAAGACUCGCGUCGAAAGAAAAAACAAGAAAUUGUAGAACGAUUCAAGAGUAAUUAUCCCGGUGUGUAUGAUCGCAUGAUUUCAAUGUGUCAACCAAUACACAAACGAUACAAUGUAGCAAUUACAAAAGUACUUGGUAAGUACAUGGAGGCUAUUGUUGUUGACACAGAGCAUACAGCACGUCAAUGUAUCCAAUAUUUAAAAGAACAGAUGUUAGAACCCGAAACAUUUUUACCAUUGGAUUACCUACAAACAAAACCAUUGAAGGAACGUUUAAGAAAUAUUCAAUCACCAAGCGGUGUCAAGUUAUUGUAUGAUGUGUUAACAUUUCAACCACAGGCAAUUAAUCGUGCUGUACUUUUUGCAACGAAUAAUGCUUUGGUUUGUGAAACACCAGAUGAUGCAAACAAAGUCGCAUACGAAAUGGAUAAAUACCGCUACGAUUGCGUUGCUUUAGAUGGUACAUUUUAUCAAAAGUCUGGAAUUAUUUCGGGUGGUAGCUUGGAUUUAGCACGUAAAGCUAAACGUUGGGAUGAAAAACAUAUGGCACAAUUGAAAGCUAAAAAGGAGAAACUAUCUGAAGAGCUACGUGAAUCAAUGAAAAAUUCUCGAAAAGAAUCCGAAUUGAAUACAUUAAAUUCACAGAUUGCUGGGUAUGAAUCACGUUUGAAAUAUUCCAAAGCAGAUUUAGCAACCACUACCAAAGAAAUAGAAACUGUUGAAAAAGAACUGAAACGAUUGGAAAAAGAAAUGAAAGAAUUUGGUCCAACUAUUGCCGAGAUUGAACGUACAAUGCAAAUACGGGACCAAAAAAUUGAAGAAAUCAAAGAGAAUAUGAAUAAUGUCGAGGAUGUUGUAUUCGCUAGUUUUUGUGAACAAAUUGGUGUUAGUAACAUCAGACAAUACGAGGAACGCGAAUUACGUACUCAAGAACAAAGGAAACAAAAACGACUUGAAUUUGAAAUGCAAAUUAACGCCAUUUCAAGUAAUUUAGAAUUUGAAAAAAGUCGAGAUACUCAAAAUAAUGUUUCACGUUGGGAGCGAGCUGUUCACGAUGACGAGGAAGAAUUAGAAUCCUGUCGUAAAGUAGAAGCAAAACACAGACAAGAAAUAGACAACGAUAUGAAAAAUAUCGAAAAAUUAAAAUCUGAGAAAGUAGCACGUAAACAAGAAUAUGAUCGAAUGGAGGAAGAAGUUGGUAAAGCACGCCGUGAAGUUGGUACAAUUGCUAAAGAUAUUCAAGCUGUCCAAAAACAACUUACGUCCAUCGAAACAAAAAUAGAAAGCAAAAAAAGCGCUCGACAUAAUAUUCUAAAACAGUGCAAGAUGGAUGACAUAGCCAUUCCCAUGGAACAAGGUAAUAUGGAAGAUAUUGCACUUGAAACACCAGCAAAUUCAGAAAAUUCAACAAAUAAUUCGACUAUUGGCAGUUCAAAUAAUUCAUCACGACAGUUCCCUAGGGAAAAUCGAGUCAUUAAAAUUGAUUACCGUCAUUUAUCUUUAUCAUUACGAGACCUUGAAGAUCCUGACGAUGUAAAGAAAAAAGAAAACAGUUUAAACAAAUCUAUUAAAAGUCUUCAAGAUACGGUUACAAAUAUUCAAGCUCCAAAUAUGAAGGCUAUACAAAAACUUGAACAAGCUUCAGGUAAACUACAAUCAACAAACGAAGAACUGGAAAAUGCUAGAAAAAAAGCAAAGAAAGCUAAAAUAGCUUUUGAAAAAGUACAAAAAGAACGACACGAUAAAUUUAUGACUUGCUUUGAAUACGUUGCAAAUGAAAUUGACACCAUUUACAAAUCGUUAACUAAAAAUCAAUCAGCUCAAGCUAUGAUCGUGCCAGAAAAUCCUGAAGAACCAUUUUUAGAUGGAAUAAACUACAAUUGUGUAGCACCAGGUAAACGUUUUCAACCAAUGCAAAAUUUGUCUGGUGGAGAGAAAACCGUAGCUGCGUUAGCCUUAUUGUUUGCAAUACAUAGUUUUCAACCAGCACCAUUCUUCGUCCUCGACGAAAUUGACGCUGCCCUUGAUAAUACAAACAUUGGUAAAGUGGCUAGUUACAUUCGUGAAAAAACCGCAAACUUACAAACAAUUGUUAUAUCACUCAAAGAAGAAUUUUAUAGCCAUGCUGAUUCCUUGUUUGGAAUUGUUCCAGAUCAAGGAGAAUGUUUAAUAAGCAACUGUUUAACUAUAGAUUUGAAUCAAUUUCCAGCUAAUUAAAAAUGUUUAUUUGUGGAUUCUAAAAUUUCUUGAUAAGUUUUUAGUUAUUAUAAUAAUCUCUAAUUAUAUGCACAGUCAGUCUUAGUUAAGUGAGAUUCUGAAGAAUAUUUGAUUUGAUAUCAUUAAAAAUAGUAAUUUAUAAUUGUUACCUUUUCAUCUCAAAAAAAUAUAGGAACAAUGAAAAGACGAAUAUUCUCAAUUACAAAAAUUCGAGAUUAAUGGCCAAAAUAAACUUUCAGAUCUUUCUUAAU